AUGGUCUGCAAGGUGUGCCAUGAUAUGCUUUACGGACACAAAGGUCGACGGGACUCUGGCUCGCAAUUGGCCCUGAGUUUCUGGCACCAUGAAACAGCCGAAAACGUCAAGGCUGCGGCCGACGAUGCAGAAUGCUAUCUCUGUCGCGUCAUCGACGAGAAACUGGGAAGUGUAGGCCUCACUCGCCCGGCCGGUCCCGAGAGGAGUUGGCUCCUAUGCGCAUUGUUGCAACGAUUUCCUCGCUAUGAUGGGGUUUAUCGUCUGGACAUCAAACUCGAACAGUCCAAAACGACGAUAGCGAGCUUCGUCUUAAGACAGAAUGUAUUGAGUAACGUUGUUGUCAUGGAUCAAGACGGCGGUCUGGCCAGUCAUCUCCAAACCACUCCUAGAAGCGCGUCUACGUCAGAUCCAGAGGUCUUCAACUUGGCCAAAGAAUGGAUCGAAUCCUGCGCAAGGACCCAUGCCAAAUGCCAGACUGCUUCGAGUACGCAGUGGUAUCCGACACGGCUGAUAGAUCUGCGAUUCAUGCCGGAAGAUAAUAUGGAGAUGGUGCGACUGGUGUCACAAAAAGAUGCCGAGAAAAGGGACGACCAUCCACCCUUUGAAGGUAGAUAUGUAACUUUGAGCCACCGAUGGGGCCAGGUCGAGAUCCCCAAACUCAGACAAUACAACCGAUCCGACUUUCAAACCUCGAUGCUGUUGAAGAAUCUCCCUCUAACCUUCCAACAAGCCAUGCAGUUUGCACGCGAGCUUGGUGUCCGGUGGAUGUGGAUCGACGCCCUGUGCAUCAUCCAAGGAGACGAGCAGGACUGGCUUUUUGAGAGUUCGCACAUGGACAAAGUGUAUGCUUUCAGCUAUUGCAACAUCUCGGCCACCGCGGCCAUGGACGGAUCAAAGGGCCUCUUCAAUCAAAGAGACCCCCGUCGGAAAUGGUUCGACAGCGUGAGUCUAAGAACGCAGGACCUCUCUGGGGAUGCGAGGGUAGUUGAGUGCACCAUCUCCGAUCUGUCUUUCUGGGACGAAUAUGUCGACAAUGCACCUGUCAAUAGACGAUCUUGGGUUUUCCAAGAACGGCUUCUCGCGCCAAGGGUGUUGCAUUGGUGUAAAGACCAAAUUGCAUUCGAAUGUCACGAGCUGGACCGAGCAGAAUGCCGGCCAGAAGGACUUCCACAUCUUCAGAUGAAGGCGGGCCAGCUCGUUGACCAAGCUCGCCUCAAGGCCAUGGAUAGGGAGGUUGGCAAGCGACUUCGCGAACUGAGACUGGCUUCUUUGCACGGUUCUUUCCGUUCCAAAGGAUUAAAGUGGAUGGUCGAUGGCGACGAGAAGCUGUACCUCUACGAAGUCUGGAAACGCAUGGUCGAGGUGUACACCAAGAUGGAAUUGACAGACGAAAGAGACCGACUCAUAGCAUUGUCCGGUAUCGCAAGAAUGAUGACGAGGAUCUUGAGGCUGGAUGGCAGCGAGGACCAAUAUCUCGCUGGUAUGUGGCAGAAUUACCUCGCCAGCCAGUUACUGUGGUAUGUCAACGAUGCAGAGGGGGAAGGGAAGGAGGCACAACCGCUGGAAAACACUCGGCCAGAGCAAUAUCGUGCUCCCAGCUUCUCGUGGGCUUCGGUUGAAACUCCGCGAGGUGUCACCUUCCCGGAGACAACGGACAAGGGCAUUCUGGUGGAAGUCCAGGUAGUUAGACUGAGCUAUCGGACUGAGGACGACAUGUUCGGCAUUCUCACUGACGGCUAUCUGGUGCUGAAAGGUGUGCUGAGGAGGAUCGAGUUGACGGAUACGGAGCAGGACCAGGGCCCAUUGACCUCGAUACGCCAGUCCAUGGCAAGUUGUCCUCCAGCGGCUUUGAAAAGACAUAUCACUGACUAG